UGGACAUGGAUUUACAUGGACCUUCUAUGGCUCAGAUGCAGCAGACAAGAUGCCGUCACUUCUGAUUAUUCUGGGGCCUGGCUUCGCAUCGGAGGGCAGGGCAGAUGCCGUUACUCCCUCUAUCAUGGGCGAAGGCAGUACUUCAGUACGUAG